AUGGAAGCAAAGAAGCGCAGCAUCUCCGAAGUUGACACUGCUGGUGAGGAGGAAAGAGAAGAGCAGAAGCCGUCCAUCACUACAAGUACUCCUCCUCCACCUGAAAAGAAUCUCGAAGCCAACGAAAGAGAAGUGCCCGAUCCUCCAGAGGAGUCAAACAACAUACAGUCGUCACCCAAGAAAGUCAAGACGAUCAAGAGCCCUUCAAAGCCCAAAGCUGCUGGUAGGAGCACUGCGGCCACCAGACACGUCAAGAAGGAGGAAAGCACCCGCAGCACUCCUUCUAGCCCCACCAAGAGUCCCAUCAAGAGUGGUGGUAGUGGAGGAGGAGGAGGUGGUAAAAUGUUCUGGUCUCAGAACGACAAGUGGGCCGUCUUAGACAAGGUCAUCCAGAGUGCUAGUCCUGAUUGGGAUAGGAUUGCAAGGGAGAUGGGGAAGACGCGCAGCCAAGUUUAUGAUCAGUGGCGAAAGUCUCUUUACCCGGAGCUGAAGACCCGCUAUGGACAGUAA